CUACUACUAGAUCUACUUACUACUACUAGAGAUCUACUAUUAGAUCUAGAUCUAUUCUAGUAGUACUAGAUCUAUAACUAUAGUAUUCUAAGCUAGAUCUAUAACUUAUAUAUUAUAUAGAUCUAGAUCUAGAUCUAGUAGGACAUAAUAAUUAUUAAUAGGCAUAGGGUUUCUAAAGGGCAAAGGCUAAAGAAGGCGUAAUCUUGAGUGGUCUUAAUUAAUAAUAAAUACUAAAGUGACUAAAGACUAAAGAGUGUUAGAGUCCAGAGCUAGAUCUAGUUCUUGAUCUUCAACAGUAACAGAUAUUAUUAUGAUAUUAAAUUAUAAAAUUAAUAAGUCCCCAACAGUUGAAUUUGCUGUCUCCCAAAACAUCCCUGCUGUCUUCAGUUCUUCAAGAAGACCCUACCACCAGGUCUGACUUAGACGUACUCUCAUCCACCUUCCUUACUGUUAUCUGAGGAGAUGAAAAUACUUGUUGCCAUGGAAAAUGCAAGUCGGCGCUUGCACUACUUACACAAAGUUCUAUGUCAGCCAUCAGCAAAUGGCAAAGUGCCUGAAGUUAUCCAAAUUCAAGUUCGUCUAAUAUCAGAGUCUACUCUUGGAAAAAAAGUGAGCAUUGGAGAUGUUAGUAAAGUGAUAAGUGAGCCAAAACAUCCAGAAUUUGUACCCAGGAAAUAUUUAAAAACAAAUAUCUCUCAAUCAACACUAAGGCAUUUGAGGUGGAUUAUGCAGAAGGAUUCUCUUGGACAAGAUGUCUUUCUUAUCGGACCACCUGGGCCAUUGAGAAGACAAAUAGCCAUGAUGUACUUGGAACUAACAAAACGUGAGGUGGAAUAUGUUUCUUUGUCACGAGACACUACUGAAUCAGAUCUCAAACAAAGACGAGAGAUUGAGGGUGGAACAGCUUAUUAUAUAGACCAGUGCGCUGUCAGAGCUGCCCUUGAGGGAAGGGUUUUAAUCUUGGAAGGCAUAGAAAAAGCUGAGAGAAAUGUGUUGCCCGUGCUAAACAACCUCCUAGAGAACAGAGAGAUGCAGCUGGAUGAUGGCCGCUUCCUCAUGUCAGCCCAACGCUACGAUCAACUUUUGACAGAUCACACGCCUGAAGAACUUGAUGCACUCAAGCUUGUCCGAGUCAGCAGUGAGUUUCGGGUGAUAGCACUUGGUUUACCUAUACCAAGGUAUCAAGGCAACCCUCUUGAUCCCCCACUACGUUCCAGGUUUCAGGCCAGAGAUAUUCACUCCACACCUUACAAGGAGCUGUUGAAUGAGCUUGAGCUACUGGCCCCAAACAUUUCUGCAACCAGGUUGUCCCAGCUGUUAUCAUUUGCAACAACUCUUCUACAGAGGGAGAGUUCCACAUUAGGACUUCCAGACUUUCCUAUUGAUAAUUUGCCUCACAUUGUCCAGAUAAUGAAUAUAUUACCUGGCCACUCAGAUGCAAAACUCAUACAGAGGAUUUAUCCCUACACAGCCAUGUUGGCAAGAGAAGGGAGAGAAGCUGUUGAAGAAACCAUUAAAAAAUUUGAAAUUCCUGAGUCCAACAAUGCUGUUGGAUCCAUUGAAAAAGUCACCAACACUGGCAGUCAAGCCAAAGUUGUGUUAAGGUCUGGACAUUCUUUCUAUACUGUACAGGUUGCAGCAGGUUCGGGCACGCGAGACUGUCAUUUUGUCAGCACACCGUAUCACAAUCAAAUUCUGGCUGAGAUGAUACAGUCACAUCUUAUCAAGGAUUUUUGUCUCAUAGGUCCUAAGGGCUGUGGCAAGAAUGUGGUUGUUGAAAAAUUUGCCAGUCUACUGGGCUAUCAUGUAGAACCAAUUAUGCUUUACCAGGACAUGACAUCACGAGACCUGCUGCAACAAAGGACAACUCUAGCCAAUGGUGAUACAGUGUGGAGACCAUCACCACUUGUGACUGCAGCAUUAGAGGGAAGUCUGGCUGUACUGGAUGGUCUACACAGGGUCAAUCCUGGCUCAUUUGCUGUCCUUCACAGGUUUGUGAGUGAAAGAGAACUUCAGCUUUUUGAUGGCACUCGUUUGUUAAGUCAAGAGAAAUUUGAAGCCAUCAAACAAGAGACAGGAUUUACUGAUCUCCAGCUAGAGGAGAGAAAGAUAUUGCCAAUCCAUCCAUCCUUCCGAAUGAUUGCCCUGUCUGAGCCCCCAGUUGUUGGCAGUUCCAAGCAGCAGUGGUUGUCUCCUGAGAUGCUGACAAUGUUUUUGUUUCAUGAGAUGCGCACGCUGUCACGCUCUGAAGAGCAGGAGCUCAUUACUACACUGGUACCUACUUUGCCAGAUCUCAAGAAAAUAUUGGAUUUUGUCCAUACUCUAAGAACAUCAAAUGACAGUACACUGCAAUCUUUAGCACCAAGUUUCUCAACUCGCCAACUGCUGAGAAUAGCCAAGAGACUGGCACAGUAUCCUAGUGAUGACCUUCACAGCAUUAUUCACAAAGCUUGCUUGGCAAGAUUUUUGCCAAGACUUGCUCAAUCAGCUUUAAGUCAAACUCUAGAAGAAGCAAAGAUUUUGCCACAGACAAAAGAACAUCAUUUAGAUGAUUAUGAACAUUCAGUUUCAUGUGAAGUAAAAAAUGGAAUGGCGAGAAUUGGUGCAACAUUGGUUCCAGUUUAUCAGCCUCAAAACAAAACCAAAGUUCCAGAUAUCCUGUUCUAUGAAAAUCAUCAGCAUCUAAAUGUGAUGGAGGACAUGCUGAAGGACUUUACCCUGGGGGAACACCUGUUGCUGGUGGGCAAUCAGGGGGUUGGCAAAAACAAAAUUGUUGACAGAUUCUUGCAGCUUUUAAAUAGACCAAGAGAAUACAUCCAGCUACACAGGGACACAACAGUCCAGACCUUGACCCUCCAGCCCACAGUCAGGGAUGGUGUCAUUAUUUAUGAGGACUCUCCUCUGGUGGUAGCUGUUAAACUGGGCCAUGUACUUGUGGUGGAUGAAGCAGAUAAAGCAGCAACUAAUGUCACCUGUAUUUUAAAAUCUCUGGUCCAGUCAGGAGAAAUGUUUCUUUCAGAUGGUCGGAGAAUAGUUAGUGCCAACUCCAGCCUGUCAUCAAGUAAGAAUAUAAUCAAAACUCACCCCGAUUUCCGCAUGAUUGUUCUGGCCAAUAGACCAGGAUUUCCUUUCUUAGGCAAUGACUUUUUUGGUGCCAUGGGUGACAUCUUCAGCUGUCAUGCCAUUGAUAACCCUGACAUGGAAUCAGAACUGGCAAUGUUGAAGCAGUAUGGCCCUAACGUGUCAGAGACGACAUUAAAACGGCUGGUUUCAGCUUUUGCUGAGCUCAGACAGAUGGCUGACCAGGGACUCAUCAACUAUCCCUACUCCACAAGAGAAGUGGUCAAUAUGGUCAGACAUUUGGAGAAUUACCCAAAUGAAGGCUUAACUACUGUAGUUCGAAAUGUUUUUGAUUUUGACUCGUACAACAAAGAGCUGCAGGAAACCAUUGUUGAAACAAUGCACAAGCAUGGGAUACCAGUGGGGAGUAGCCAGGCUGCUAUAACAUUAGCUAAAGAAAUUCCCCUACCUCCGUUGGUCAGAGUGGGACAAUGGCAUGAAGAAAAAAUGAACCAAUCAAAACUAGCUGUGAAAACUGAACAAAUAUUUAUCAGGGGACCAGUUGAUCUAGGUGUGCAAACAAAGACUUUGGACAGAACAGAGUCAAGGUCACACAAGUUCUCUGAAGAGGAAGUUCAUGCCUUGAUUCCUUUAGAUGAAGCCAACAUAGUUUGUGAUGUUGCUGUCAGUAAAGUGGCCAGGAGGUCAGCAGGGAAGAAGCAGCAUGAUGUCAUCUAUGUGGCCACAUGUCAUCCCAUAGGUUUAUACAGCCUGACAUCUACAUCACAUACAGUGCACUUCAUUGACCUAUAUGAUGUUUUUCCAUCAACAAUGGGAUCAUAUAGACCUCACGUCAGAAUUCAGCCACUGGAAGCACCACUAGAUGACCGAAUUAUUUUACAUGAACAAGUGACAAAUGUUGUCAUCUCUGUGAAUGUAGAAAGUGGUCAAGUCUGGCGCUUGAUGUGUCCAGGAAUACCUGAGGUUGUGGCUUCUAAAAGAAGAUUUCCAAGCAUAAUCUCUAAUACUGAGAGCCCUUACAGGAUGGUUGUAAAUGACAAUGAAGGUUCCAGUCAAACAGUUUUCUUCUAUAAGCAAAACAGCAAUGAGGUUGUCAUUCUGAAUGUUUUGGAGGGGGUGAGUCACGUGAUCAAUGUGCCUAUAAAUAUCAGCAACUGUCAGCAUGUUGGAGAACAGAGAUGGAUUAUACAAGAUAAUACAUCUUCAAGAAAAAGUUUGUUGGAAAGACAAGAAGACAAUUUUUUUUUGACACCAUUGGCUGAGGAAGGGGCUCCUGGUCAGGUAAUGGAUAUAUCUUAUAGAAGCUUGAGUGGCCAGAUUUUAAGCCAAGCUUUGGAAGAAAAAGUCUCAAGUCCCAAUAGACUGGCAGUUGUACAAGGCUCAUAUGCAGCUCUUCUGAUGGGAUUUCCACAAAUGAGCUCAACAGAUGUUUUUGUGUCUCCCCGGCCAAGAGUUCCUGAAGGAAACAGCCAAACUGAUCUGUUUGGAAUCACGUCCAAACCAAAAGUGGUCAACACAGACAGAUCUGUUGCCAGCUUGCCAGAGGCUGGCCAAGUCAUUCAUGCUUUGCCUGUUAGGCAAGUCCCUCAAGAGGUCAAAUCCAAUGAUCUCAACCAAUCAGCUUUGAGUGGUUAUUUGGAAGUAGCAGAUGUAGCCAAUCACAAGCUUUGCUACAUUCCAAUACCAGGUCCUAAACAGAUUUCCCCCUAUGCCUCCUGGCUGUUCAACACUUCUGACUGUAAUGUGUGGAUCGCACCAACCUCCAGUCAAGGACUGGUUUCUGUGGACAUUGGGGGCGCUGUGAGGUUUUGGGAGACAGUGCCAGCCAAAUUAGAAGCUUCCCUUAAAGACUGGAGAAAUAUGCUGGGCUAUGAGGAGAGCAAGCCUUUACAGUUGAGUGUGGAACGUGAGAGUGGGAGGGACCAUGAAGACAUUGAUGUCAAACAUGGCAAGGAAGAUCCUCUCAACACCCCCCACAUUGGAGGCAACACAUGGGCUGGUGGAGUAGGUGGGAGUGGCACAGCUGGUCUGGGAGGGUUUGGUGGCCCGUACCGUCUGGACGCUGGAAAUCAGGUUUUUCAGGUGCCGCAGUGGGAGAAAGAUGCUGUACCAGAACAUAUACGUCAAGCUGCUAGAGAAAUGGCCCAGAAAGCUUAUUUACAAAGAUUAAAAGAAAUCAAAAUGAGCCCAUAUGAUGGCCAGCUGUACAACAGAUACUCCAGUAACAUCAGACGGCAGGUCCAGAGUCUUCGUCUCAUACUGGACUCACUUCAGGCUAAAGGCAAGGAGCGCCAGUGGAUGAAACACCAAUCUUCUGGAGAGUUGGAUGACAGCAAACUCAUUGACGGCCUGACUGGUGAACAGUUUAUUUAUAAAAGAAGGGGAGAGAAGGAUCCAGAGAUGGGCUCACCCCAAGAACUCCCCAAAAGAUUGCGUCUGCUUGUUGAUGUAUCAGGCAGCAUGUACCGAUUUGAUGGUCAAGACUCACGGCUGACCAGGCAAAUGGAAGCUGUACUAAUGGUGAUGGAAGCUUUUGAGACAUACGAAGACAAAUUUAAGUAUGACAUCUAUGGCCAUUCUGGAGAAACUUACUUGGAGCAAUUGGUCAAGUUAGAUGGAGCCCCAAAAGACAACAAUGAAAGAUUAAUUGUCCUGAAGAACAUGCUAGCACACUCCCAGUUCUGCAUCAGUGGUGACAACACACUGGAAGCUGCCAGACACCACAUCAGCGCCAUCAGCAAGGAGGAGGCUGACGAACACUUUCUUAUUUUACUCAGUGAUGCUAAUUUUGAUCGCUAUGGCAUCCGUCCUUCUAGAUUUGGGGAGAUUUUAACCUUGGAUCAAAAGGUCAAGGCUUUUGCCAUUUUUGUUGGAUCUUUGGGGGAUCAAGCAGUAAGGCUGAACAAGCAGCUUCCCCUGGGCCAUUCAUAUGUUUGUCUGGACACCAAGCAGCUACCUCAGAUCCUUCAGCAGAUUUUUUCUACCACACUCCUCUCUUCAUCAUAGACCAGCUGACACAAGAUGCCAAUCUUUCAGUUUUUUGACAUUUGGUUUGUUCAUUCAUAAUGUCAAGUACACAAUAAAAUAAGACAA